GUCCUUUGCUGUACAGUGGGUAAGAAACUCACGUUUCCCUCCCACCUCGACCUCUGACAUCUUUUUCAACGUUGAGGAGCAUGCAGCUCUGACAAGUAGAAAGAGGAUUCAUCACAUUGUGUUGAGUCAACGCAGAUUUUUUGCGAGUAAUGAAUGAAAUGAAAUGAAUAAAAAUGACUGAAUCAAUGUACAGUAAUCGUGAUGUUCAACAAGACCUUCUUCCACUAGUUGUUUAAUGUAGUUUCAGAGUAGUUGUUAGUUCUUUGAUGAUUCUUGGUCCACGACUGAAACACCAAAUCACUUUCAUCUUCCAUUAUCCAUUCAACAGGACGAGGAGUAUUUGAGAAGCGACAUAAAAUUGAUUGAAAUUGUGCUUGGUCUUUUAGUGACCGCAGCACGCUAGACUGGGAUAGCUAGCCAUCUAGAUUUGUAUUUCCUUCGGUGUGGUACCGACUUAGUAUCUAUGUUGUGAGCAGAUUGAUUUAGGUACCACCACCACUGCUCGUAUUUGCAAGUUCUUAACGACACCCCAUUUGUUAAUUUGUUGUAGGUAUCAAUCCAUCUUCUAACUUUUUUGUUCUAAAAACUAGUAGCAACUGUAGUUCUACAGUUUCACAUCUAUCAAGUCAACAGAAGUUUGACUUUCAAGAAAUUUCACAGACAUAAUAGUUGGUACCCGCUGAAGUCUGCUGGUUUAUCUAGUGGACCCACACCUAACCUAACCUUGGUACCCGUUACUACAGUUAGAGUUCUUACAACCUAAAAAAGAUCAACUACAAGUAUCUAAGUCAAGAUGGGUGUGCCAACGUUUUUUCGUUGGUUGUGCACUCGGUAUCCGAAGGUGAUCCGGGAUGCGGUCGAGAAGGAGUUGAUAGAGCGCGAUGGUCGUUUCGUGCCCUCCGAUCUCAACGAGGAGAACCCUAACGGCGAAUAUGACUGUCUCUACCUAGACAUGAACGCGAUUAUCCAUCCAUGUACGCAUCCGGAAGAGGGAAAACCGCCAAAGAACGAAGGCGAGAUGUUCGAGUUGAUCUUCCUUUACAUCGAUAGGUACUCGUUAAAAGUAAGUACAUUUUUUUUUACUUCCGAAUUCGAAGCUAGCAUUUCCACUAAGCAACGGACCCGUUGAAGAGUCCUCGGAGGUGUAAUCUACAACUCGAAAACUGAAAAUAACCGAGUAAGUGACUGACAUAAGGGAGGUAACUAGGUUUGACAGGGCUGCUCUUCCUUGCUCAGGCUUAACUGUGCUUAUUUCAAGUAGUUACUCGGUUAUUUCAGUUUUUCGAAAUGUACUGCUUUCUUACAAGGGCGACAGGCAUGCAGGGGUUAGUCUUAUAUCAAUUGUUACUUCUUGAUCUGGUACUUCAUUUUCAAAGAAACUCUAAUCAAACAACAACUAUUCCUGUUCUGCCAUCUUCUUACCACCACCCGAUAUCCUCAACUAACCAAUGUCCUCCCAUUUUACGACAAACACCCGCAAGCAGACACCACAAACCGUAUCCUCAAGCAACCAAUAAUCUCCCAUCUUACCACAACCACCCACCAAUGAAAAAAGGUUGAUCCGUAUUGUCCGUCCGAAGAAACUUUUAUACAUGGCCGUGGACGGGUGCGCGCCUCGUGCGAAGAUGAAUCAGCAACGCGCACGUCGUUUUAGAGCGGCGCAGGAGAGAGACGAACAGGAGGCUGAGAUGGAGAAGCUGAAACAGGAGUGGGAAGCCGAAGGAAAGAAGUUGCCACCAAAGAGUGCAUUGGCAGCACCCUUUGACUCGAAUGUCAUUACACCUGGUAAAGAUUUUAAUUUUUUGGCAGCACGACGACCCUUUGUUUUUAGUCGUUCUGAAAAGAAUUUCAAUUUCAUCCAUUUUCGAUUAGCAUAUGUCUCCCAAAUCCAAUCCUCCCAAAUCCAAUAUACGGCUACUACAUCAGGAACCAAGUUUAUGUGGGAUUUGACGAAGGCAUUGAAGUAUUACAUUCACGAACGAACCAACUACGAUCCUUUGUGGCAAAAGCUGAAAUUUCGCGUUAUCCUUUCGGAUUGCCAGAUCCCAGGAGAGGGAGAGCAUAAAUUGAUGGAUUUCAUUCGAAUUCAAAGAGCACAGCCAGAGUAAUAUUUUCUUGGUUUUGAUGUUGUUUAUAGCUAUUUAGUUUUGAUUGGUACUAUUGCUAUUGGUAGUUUUGCUUUUCUUAUCAGGAUUCAAUUUUGUAAGUAAAUUCCAUGAAUCUCCAUUAUUUGUUUUCUCACAGGAAUCAGUCAACUAACCUAUCAAUGAAUCAAUCCUCCUCACAAAUUUUUUUAUCCAAUCAGUCCUGAACACCUGAGCAUCACAUAGGUACGACCCCAACACUCGCCAUAUGCUGUACGGAUCUGAUGCCGAUUUGAUCCAUCUCGCUUUAGCGAGUCAUGAGACGCACUUCCAUAUUAUUCGAGAAGUAGUGCUUCCUAAAGAAGAAAAGAAGAAAGACCCCUUUGAAAUGGAAGCUGCAGACGAGGAGGAGGAGGAAGUACAGGAAACGAAGCAGAAGCCGUUUCAAUUCAUCAACAUUGGCGUCCUGCGACAGUAUCUGUACUUCGAAUUCGAACCACUUCGGGAGAAGCUGCCCUUCCCCUAUAGUUUCGAACGAUGUGUGGACGACUUCGUGUUUUUCUGCUUUUUCGUCGGAAACGAUUUCUUGCCGCACUUGCCAAGUCUCAGCAUUCGCGAUGGAAGCAUUGAUAUGGUACUCACUUUCUUUGAGAUUUGAUUGGAAGCAUUGACAUAGUGCUUACUUUCUCUCUUUAAGAUUUUAUUUCCGACACUUAUCACAUGAUGAAAAACAUCCCUCAUCGCACUGAGACACGUUUUUCGGAACGUGAGUGCGGAAAAACUGAUUCUGCUUACCAAGACUGAUGAGAAAGAUCCAAUUCCAAACUUCCAAAAUACUGAUAAAACUCAACUUCUUGUAAGUUCCUUCAAUAGUUGUAGAAAAAUGAUCCUAAUCCUAAUCCAUCCUACUGGAGACCUUGAGCCUCUUAACUCUACCUGACUCUGAACUUUACCUGACCACAAAACCAGAUGAUGAUCCUGUACAAGGAGAAGCUGAAGGAUCUGGGCGACUACCUCACCGACGCCGGCGUCUUGAAUCUCGAUACGACAGAGCGGUUUUUGGAGGACCUGGGGUCCGUAGAGGAUCAAGUGUUUAAGAAUCGAUUAGCCAGGGAAGCGCAGAAGAAGAAGGAGUUCGACGAAGCCAGAGAGGGGAAGGACGUGGAUAUCGCAGUCGAGGAUGACGAGGACGAAGAAGCCGUAAAAAGGCUAGAAAACGAGAAGAAGGAGGCAGCGAAAAAAAAGCGGGAAGAAGCGAAAGCAAAGAAGUUAUGUUGUUCCCUUUAUAAAUAGAGAAGUCUACUUGUAGUUGUAGUUAGAAUCUUGAUCUUGAUUUUUGAAGAACUUUUUGAAGUACAACUUCGAGUAUUAUAGCAUAGAAGUAGAUUCUUAGAUCAUGUAAUAUGAAAUUCAUUGUCGUCUGCUUUUGAGUGAAAAAAAAUGACCCCGGUCUUGACAUGAAACCCCACCACCACCACCUCAUCUAAUUUCCGAAGCGGCCAAAGAAAAGAAGAAGGACGAGCUCGCCAAGAAGGCAGGCGUCAAGAAGGGCGUUAAAAAGGCAAUGAAGAAGAAGGCUGCUAAAGAAGCUGGUAGCCCAAAGGGUAAGCCUGCUCUCACCGGCGCCAGUGCAGCAGCAUCACUCGCAGCCAUGUUCGACAACGAAGCUGAAUCCAGUAGUGAGGAAGAUGACGACGACAACGAGGAGGAGGAAGAGGAUGCUAUGGAUGUCGAUGAGGAAGGCGAUGAUGAGGAGAAGAAGGGUGAUAAGGAUAACAAGGACAACAAGCCAGCAAAACAGAGCGAGAGAACAGAAGAGAAGGCUGAGGAAGCAUUUCGCAAACUAGUGCGGAAUCGUGUUGACGCUAAGAAGGACCUAGGAAAAGCGCAAGCAGAUACCAUUCGAGUAGGAGAGGGUGCGCAUUGGAAAAAACGAUACUACCAGGAAAAAUUUAUGGUCCAACAGGAGGAUCUGGUAGAUUUCCUUCAGCGUAUCCGAAAGAGCUAUAUCGAAGGACUGUGCUGGGUAUUUGAUCUAUUAUACCACUAUUUUUUUCUCUUGGAGAAUCGCUUUCUUGGCAAGCUCGUGCUAUGUAUUGCAUUUUUUUACUUCAUAUGUGUGUACAACGAACUACUAGAUACUACUCGUAGGAGUCAGAUUAUCGAAGUAAAACAUCUCAAUUGUAGCCUUCGCCCAACCGCAAUCAUUUCUUCCACUCAUUUAAAUCCAGGUCCUGAAAUACUAUUACCAAGGCGUCGUCAGUUGGACAUGGUUUUAUCCGUACCACUAUGCCCCCUUCGGAUCGGAUCUGAUAGGUACUUUGUUUUUUUGCAGGAUUUGCUUUUUUUGCAUGUUGUACCUACAGGGCCCUUUUCAGGAAGCCUGGUAUUCAAAGUCCCAUCGACAGUUUGGGAAACGGAAUACUGCUCUGGGCAUCCUACCAUACUAAUAAACAGGAGCCUUACUAGUUGCACACAAUUCUAAUCUGGAUAUUCUAUUCUAAACCUACCUCCCGAAAAAAAGGUAUGUCCGGUUUGAAGUGUAGUAGCGAGAACUAUUUCGCUUUGGGUCAAGGGUUUCAACCCGUGCAGCAGUUGAUGGCUGUAUUGCCUCCAGUUUCCGCACGUGUAGCAGGAAUUCCACGGGCGAUGUUGAGCUUGAUGGACGACCAUACUUCUCCGAUCGCGGACUUUUUCCCGACAGAUUUCGGUCUAGAUUUGAACGGAAAGCGCUUUGCCUGGCAAGGUGUGGUUUUGCUGCCUUUCAUCGACGAACCGCGACUGCUGCGUAUCUUGAAGCCCUUAGCCGAUAUGAUGACUGAGGAAGAGCGGCAACGUAAUGCGCCAACACACAACUGCUUGUUUGGCCAUUUGGGAGAUUUGAAGAAGAAGCUGCCGCCAAAAGCCAGUACCAACAAGCGAUUGCUGAGGGAUGCGUUCUUGUUCGGUUUCGUCCAGGGACAGUUUGGAGCAGGAGAAGAAAUCGUCUCGCCAAUUGAAGGUCUCGCAGACGUGGACGAAUCUGAGUGCGUCGAAACACGAUACCACUUUUAUGAAAAAGGACGAAUGGUCUAUUUCUGCUUGUAUUUUCUCGUCCUUCACUGGUACCUACUUGCUCAUGGACAAGGACUACAUGGUCUUUUAUCUCAAAGGACGAACUCAAGACUUUUUCUUAAAUCUCCUCUCAAAGAAGAGAACAAAAUUGUCAUCUCAAGGAAACCGAAACACUUGAAAAUUUACUAGAUGGUUCUCCCUCCUAGACUCCCAGGCUCCAUGUCCUCCCUUGUUCCACCUCCUAGACUCUUUUCUAAUCCCUUCCGGAUCGUGUGACACACUCAGUGGAGCUGCUUGAGGGAGCUACGUUUGAGCCGCAGGUUGUAGAUCAGUCGGAUCUAGACGAUGCCCAAAGACUGAAGGGUUUUGGCGGUUUGCAGGCAAGAAAGAUGAUCUAUCAAGCCUUGGGUAUCUUCAUCAAGGGAGCUGGAGGGAAGAAAGGCGGCAAAAAAGGAGGCAAGAAAGGCGGAGGCGGAAAGAAAGGCGGAGAUAUGUUCUCGAAGGUUAUGGCAGUUUUUGUGAAGAUAUUCUUAGACGUAGAGUUAUUAGAAGAUCGUUUUUGUGAAGAUAUUCUUAGACUUAGAGUUAUUAGAGGAUUCUUUCUGUGAAGAUGUCAGUCUUGCGGCUGAGCAAUGUCCUGACUGAUACCGAGCAGUAGUCAACUGAGGACUUGCGAGUGAGUGAGUCGUCGACAGAGACGUUCUUUAUUUAGUUCUAGGAGUUCGUCUUAGUGGUUGUACAUAACAAGUUCUAACAACAAGCUUACAUUCCCACCCGCUCUCGUCCUAAUUAAAUUUCAAAUGAACAAAAGCUGUAGUUCUUAUUCUUAAUAUUAAGUACUAUGACAUCUUCCCUCGCUAAUACAUGCGGAGGCAAGAAGGGAAAGAAUGCUCCUCCGAUCCCAGACGCAGAUAUGGGCCCCAGGAGACCACCAGCGAGAGCGGCGCCGUAUUAAACAAGUAGAAGAAGAGGCUGUGAUCUCUCCAGAUAUGAUACAGAUUGUAUGAUCUUCCUUGAGUGUGUGUAUGAUCUUCCUCCAGAGUUGACUUCAUCUCUUACUUUUUGAACAAAAGUCAAUGAACAUUGAGCCUGCAGACUUCAUGGUGGAAGCUGUUUUUUUACACGACAGAUUGACUGUUUGAGACGCGCUCAAGGACGAUGACGUGAAAACAAUUGAUGUUGUCUACAGAAGAGUGGACUUCCACUACAGUUUUCUUCUAUCCUAUAAAUAUCUUUUUCACGACAACGAAGAUGAAUGAAACCGAUAAGGGAUUUCUUCGGAACAAUCAACGGAUUAGAGAAUUGUUACGUUACUUUGCGAGGAAAAGAAAGAAAAGGUUACCAUCACAAUACAAAU